AUGGCAUCAGCUGCUGCCGCCAAACGUCUCACUGGCAAGACUAUCCUUGUCACCGGCGCCUCCUCCGGCAUCGGCCGUUCCACUGCCCUCGAAUUCGCCCGGACUGCGCCCAAGAAUGAUCUGCGUCUCAUUCUCACAGCCCGUCGUGCUGACUCCCUCAAGGAACUCGCCGAGCAGAUCAAAAGCGAGGUUGGUGAUGGCGUUCAGGUUCUUCCAUUCAAGCUUGAUGUUAGCAACUCUGCCGAAGUAAAGGGCAUCGUGGGCAACUUGCCCGAGGAGUGGAGGAACAUUGACGUUCUUGUCAACAAUGCCGGCCUCGUCAAGGGCGUGGCUCGAGCUCCAGAAAUCGCCGAGGAGGAUAUCAACGUUAUGUUCCAGACAAAUGUCACUGGUCUCAUCAACAUGACCCAGGCCAUUCUACCCAUCUUUCUCGCCCGACCUGAUGGUGGCCAUGGCGACAUCAUCAACGUCGGCUCUAUCGCCGGCCGAGAACCAUACCCUGGCGGCGGCAUAUACUGUGCUACCAAGGCUGCUGUACGCAGUUUCACUGAUAGCUUGCGAAAGGAGCUAAUCGCAAGUCGCGUUCGUAUCAUCGAGAUUGAUCCCGGCCAAGUCGAGACUGAGUUCUCUGUCGUGCGUUUCUAUGGUGAUAAGGCAAAGGCCGAUGCUGUCUAUGCUGGGUGCGAACCUCUGACGCCCGAUGAUAUUGCCGAGAUCAUUGUGUUCACCGCUACCCGCCGAGAAAAUGUCGUUAUUGCUGAUACAUUGGUUUUCCCGAGUCAUCAGGCUGGCGCCGGUAUCAUGCAUCGCAAAGGAGCUUAA